AUGUUCAGUGCCAUUGGAAGAGCCAUUGGCUUUAAGGAUGCUUCUUCAAGCAAGAACCUUGUACAGAAAUAUACACAAGAUUUAUCAGAAAUUACGUCUCAAAUUCACGAAUUGGAAAGGACUUUACAAAGCAGACAACAGCUACUGAAUUCGUUCCAAUCGUAUUUGACUUACUACGGUAGUUCUAUAAUAGUAUGUCUUGUGGCAUAUUUUUAUUGGAGUCAGACUUUGAUGCAGGUGCGAUCGAUUACUUGGUUUAUUCUAAGCCUGGGAUUGCUCGUUGGCAUUAAAUUGAUGAGUUAUAAAGUGGACACAUGGUUGAGGGGGCGCCAACAGAGGAGAUUAAGCAAGUUACGUGCAGUUCAUCAACAGAAGUUGGAUAAAUUGAAACAAGAUACUAAUUUCCAUGAAACGAAUUCCAUCAUUCAAAGGUUUUCCUCUGGUGCAAAUCAAUCUGAAGACGCAAUGACUUUGAUGGAUGAAGAGUUGAAACUGAAAUAUGACGAAUUGAACAACUUGAAAAAUGAAUUACAUCAACUACAAUUGGAGAACGGUAAGGAUGCUCAGAAUGAGAAAUCUAAGAAGAAAAAUGAUAUCUGGUUUGAUAAAGUUAUUGGUGUACUUGCCGGCGGUAAUGACUUGAGUAAUAUUCCAAAACCUGUCAUAUGUUCCAAUUGUAAGAGACAUGCUGGAAGUUAUAGGUUAAUAAAUAAACCUCUACAGUAUGUGUGCCCUUUUUGUGGGGUCACUACAACAGAUAAAGCUGAAUCCCCUACAAUUGAACAUUCAUCGCAGGAGAGCACUAAAACUAAUGUUAAAGAAUUGUAA